UUAGCUUGGUCUCUUAGAUAAAUAAAGGUGAUAAAUGAAUUAUAAAACAAAAGCUCUUUAAUUAAAAUGUUGAAUGAUCAUUUGAACUGUAAUCAGUAGACAUUUAAUUAAUCAACUGAGCAGAAGUGUUCAUCUCAACUGAUCAUUUGAUUAACUCAAAGCCAUACCUCAAAACAAAAUGCAAAUAUAUAAACAUGCAUUUUAGGGGUUAGUUAUCAAUUCCUAAAUUCUGAAUUUAAGACAAUCUAAUAGAAAAAAUACCUAGAAUUUUGAAUUUAAGGAAUAUAAUUCAGGAUUGACAAAGAAAUACAAGAUGCAAGAAAGGGUUCUUCAAGUGAAUUUCCAGAGUGAAGUGUCGGAAGAAACGACAGUGCUGCCAUCUCUUAACAACAAAUCGCCACAACUUACUAUAGAUAUACCUACAGACCCAUUACAGGACAACUUCCUGUCCUUACACCAGACCAUGCCUUCAUUUUCAACAAAUCAGUUCACAGGACAUAUAAUGAGCCAAAACCUGAUAUACCCAAUGGUACAGACAACAACCGAAGAAUGUGCGCAAAAUAUUGCGUCAACACAGCAGAUGUGCAAUUUACAGAAAAUAGAAGGAAACAGUAGUUCAUCCGAGGAAGAUUCUGACAGAUCGUAUGUCGACAAUGACAUGAACCGACAGGUGCCACGAGAAAGCGGAAGUGAACUUGGACUGUCCUCGGCAUCUGAUUGCCUAUAUACUGGAGACACUUAUUCGAUCAACAGUUCAUCAACAAGUAAACCGACUUCCCAGUCUACAGACAGCAGAAAACAAAAGAAAAAUAGGACAACGUACACACCAAGCCAAGUACAAAUGUUAGAGAGAUCCUUCUACGAAAAUCCGUAUCCAGACUCUGCUAAGAUUGAAACUAUAGCAUUAGAUCUAAAAGUAGCCGAACCAAAUGUCAAAAUUUGGUUUCAGAAUAAACGGGCUAGGUGUCGUAAACGCGCCCAAGAGAAGCCACAGCAGAAUGCAAUGACACACAUGUCUCCGAUGAUGCCACAAAUGGGACCGUAUGGAAUGUUGCCACCUCAUCACCCCAUGUUACACGGAUCCCCGGCUAACAUUAUGCCACGUCCGUUUUUCUAUCCGGGACCACCCAUGGGAAUGCAUCCUCACAUUCCUGCUUCGGCCUUCACGUCAACUAUGAAUCAACAUCAGUGGCCAGGUAUUCAACUAGAUGAUCGCUUAUCAAGUUCACCAACUUCGUCAACACCAUCGCCAAGGUCAUCGACGUCCUCAUCGCCAAAUUCGUCUGACAGUCAAAGUCCCGAAACAACAAGACAAAUAUCACACAUGCAGCCCAAUAUGCUACACUUGAAGCAAUACAUGCCGUUGUCUUAUCCAUAUGGAAUGUGUCCGCCAUUUUAUUACGGAGGAUGUUGAAUUGAACUACCUUAAGCAAUAUAGUGCCAAAGCAUGCCUUAUUUCAUAUUUGUAAAAUAGAAUGCACAUGUAUAUAUGAUAAAUAAAUUAUUAUACGUA